AUGGAAGCCGGUGGCGGUGUACAGAGGCAAGCGGCACCGGAGUGGUGGAUUGGUGGCGGUCGGGAGUUGCCGGAGCUGGUGGGCGCGGUGGCACAGAGGGCGGAGACCGGCGGAGGGAGCGGCCAGAGGCAACGGUGUUCAGUGGCUAUUGGUGGGUACGGGCGGCUUGUGGCGACGGCGUUCACUGACGAGAAUUCUGAGGUGUGCAGUCCAAAUAGCCUGGACCUCAAUAAACCGCUUCCAUCCAACGAAGUGGGGGAUUUCGAGAAGCAUUUUAAUGUCGAGAAUGGAUCGUUGAGGAACAACAAUGAAAAAGAGAAGGAUGGUAUUAAGAGGAGGCUCAAAUUGUCAGGAGAACAAUAUGCUUAUUUGGAAGGAUGCUUCAAACAGAACACGAAUGUGGAUGAUGAAGCUCUGGCAAAGGAGCUAAAUAUCAGCCCUCGUCAAGUUUAUGUUUGGUUUCAAAAUAUCAAGGCAAGGAACAAAUCAAAGCAAAUCAAAACGCAUUGUAAUUUGUGGAAGAGGUACAACAAAGCAUUAAGAGAGGAAAACAAAAGCCUGCGGAAAAAGUUGGCAGAAAUUAGCGCUCUGAAACAGGCGCAGGAAACACCAUCUCUAAAAUUAGGGCUCUGA